CGUAAUAAUGUUCCGUGUUCCUUGUUAGCCGGUCUAUAUAGAUAGACGCAAGUUUUGUUGAAACCAAAAAUCAUCUCAAUAAUAAAUAGUAACUAUGCGUGUCGAAAUUCGAUAUAAUUUCUGGACGGUAUUGGUUGUAGUGUCAGUGUCCAUCGUGACAACGUGCGUUUUACCGGUGGAAAAUGCGAGAAUAUUGGCCAUCCAGACGUACGGGGGCAAGAGCCAUUGGAAUUUUAUGAGCGCCUUGCUCCGGGCGCUCACUGACGGUGGGCAUGCUGUCACCGUAUUCACACCAUUUCCGGAGGGCGACCGGGACAACUACACAGAAGUAGACACUUCCAACAUACUUCCGUUAAAGGUCGGCAUAGACAUCAUGACACUGAGAAGGCUGGUGGGUAAUGCGUACACGCUGGUUUCUCUUAAUAUGGAGAUCGCGAAGUUAAACUGUGACAAUAUUUACAAUGAUCAUCGGCUGACCGAUCUCAUGGCCAAAGGUCUCGACGGUCAUUUUGACGCGAUCGUCAUCGAACCCGGUCUGCCCUCGUGUAUGACUUACGUGGCGGCCGGGACGAGUUUGCCGUUAGUAUACUCGGCGCCUAUGCCAACCAUGUGGCUCGCUGACCGCAGGACCUUUGGUGACGUGCCGAACCCUGCGGCCGUAUCCUCGAUACUCGCCCGGCACGCUGUCCCUAAAACCUUUGCGCAGCGGUUUUCCAAUACUUUGCUGACACUGUUUGCCGAAGCUUAUAUCGCUCUACGCGCCUCUACCACGAAGUCUGUAGUUGACGACGGCCCGAAGCCAUACGACACUUACGAUGUUCCGGUCCCGCCGUCUAUUGUGUUUACAAACGGCCAUUACAUAAGUGACGCAUCAAGACCGAUCCCGGCGAACGUCGUUAACGUGGGCGGUAUUCAUUUGAAACCACCCGAGAGAAUACCAAAAGUACGAUGAGGGUCGUUCACAAAGAAAGAUUACAAUAUAAAGUAACUGCAGCAAGCCGUGAUAUCGAGUAACGAGAGUAUUCCCUUGUGCGUCAUGUGUCGUGUCGUGUGCAUAUAUGCUGAUGAUACAAGUAAAUUAAUACCGAACACUGUAAUCCGAAAAAGCAAAAAAAUCUGAAAUCCAACUGUAGACAUUUGUCGUCGCUGGAAUACUGAAUUAACAGUGAGCAUUCUAUAAAGGUGGUAUCCCGACCGCCAAUAUUGCGUGUCGUCUGGUGGGCUUUCUGUCGUAUUCUGAUCGGCCGUCGCAAUAUUGUUAACCAGCGGUGUAGUGGAGGGUAUAUGUGAGUAUUCAGCGUAUACCCAAAACGCUAAAAUUCUUAAAUACGUAUAGGAAAGAUGAUAUAAAACAAACACGCAGGUAUACGAUCGUAGUCUGUUGGAUGAUGACUAUAAUAUAAUAUAUAAUUUGACUCCCCGGGCGUUACCAUUGUUAUACCUAUAUGGCACGUCUUCAGUAAUAAAUAUAAAAUGAUAAGGCAUUGUCAUUAAGGCAUGGGAAAUCUUAAAACCUUCCGAACGUCAUAACUUCACGGUUUUCGCAUGGCUUACCUAUUUAUAAUCGGAAGUAAUUUGUAAACUAUAAAUAUUGAAUACUACGUAGAAUGUAAGUAGUAUAUAUUAUGAACAUAUUGUACUUGUCUGACAACGUUUAGUAUAUGUAUGUAUAUAUUUUACUAGUAACCUAUAACACAAUCAAUAUGGUUUAAUAAAUUAGUUACUGAUAGUAUACACUGGCAAUUAAUUACAUUUGAUUUUAUAAAAAAGAUUUUUCAUAUCUAAAUAAAUAUACAAUAAUAGAUAAAUUUAAGUUUAGGGCCAUAGAAACGGGGAGGGUUUAGGGGUUCAACACCCUCUUACAACACGGAAUGUAUAUACACUUAUUAUUAUGCAUGUGUUAUUUUUUAAAUUAACUAUAAUAUGUAAAUAUUAUAAUAACCCCCCUUCCCAUAAAAAAUUCUUAUCUACAGCACUGUGUGAGGUAAAGCCCCUCUGUAGCAGAAUUACAAAAAUACACCCCAAAAAAUAUUUACGACUACACCACUGUUGGUAAUAUUGAGUAACCUAGGACUACCGUGCCGGGAAAUUUCAAGAGUUCGACUCAUUUAUUUGUUAAUAUGAAAUAACUAGGAGGGCUAAUUUGGAAGCUGGAAGUGUUAAGCACUCCCCAGUUUCCCCUAGUUGCAUCCAUUGUUGGGCAGAACUAUCGUAUUUUUUUUCGAUUGGGUUACAGUGGUUAGUUGAUUUUUCGCGUUAUCAGCAUAUAAUUAUUUUGUCAUUGACACGAAACUACACACGACGCGCGAUAUCUCUACGAGAUAUUGUCUUAACGGUUCGAACGCCACGUCACUCUGGUCAGUUUGACGAUUUUCGAAGUCAUGAAUACUGUUAUUUUUCACUAGAGGGUUCAUUUUUGUACAUCGUGCGAAAAAAAACCCUACGGCUUGCAGUGGCCUUUUUAAUCUGAUAAUUUUUUGACGAAUCUUAUACUAAUUAUAUUUUUUUGGGACGAUCUAUCGACAUAAUAUCUAGAACUAAAAAUGCGGUAAAAAUGUCCCAAAAACUUUAAUUUGGGUGGGCCACUGUUGUAAGUGAGAAGUUGGGGAGGUAGGAUAUAGGUAUAGGUAGGAUAUAGGUCAGAGAAUUUAAUUUAUAUCAGUAUGCAACGAUAUGCCAUUCCUAAAGAAAAAUAUUCGGAGCGAAGUUUCCUUUUACUUUCUUUUACUAAAUUUUUUCGAUUUUCUGCAUUUUUUUUUUUUUGGUUUUUCCCAAUUAUUACGAAAACCGAAAAAUGACCUCCUUAAUGUACCACCCAGAUAAAAUGUCUCUUCAGAAAAGGUACUACAAUUGAUAAGAGUAAGAUUUUUGGUAGAAAAGUUGUUCACAGUUAAAAAAAAUAAAAUAAUCACCAUUGUAAAAUUAAUACGCUACGCUCCGAAUCUAAAAUGUCCUAUAUAAAAUAAAAAAAAAAAAAACAAGUCUUCUAAAAAAGAGAAUGAAACACUUUUUCAAACGGACCUAACUAUUUUAAUGUUUCUUUUAUACCAAAAUUUGAGACUUUUAGUAAAAUAUACGUAUUUCAGAUGAUUAGAGAGUACUCUAAUACAAUACAAUUAAAAUAGUUACAUAAAACACGAUCAAAAAAAUAAAAGAUAAAUUAAACGUUCACAUACACAAAUUAGAAAUAUAAUAACGUUACGGUUGCUAUUGAUUAUUUGAAGUAUUUUCUGGUUACAGGAUAUAUUAGAAUUCAUAGAGGAUUCUCCGCACGGAGUCAUUUUGUUCACAUUCGGUUCAACCGUUUUAAUAUCUUCGAUUCCAGAUCACAUUAAAAUCGUAUUUUUAGAAACUUUGUCUCGACUUCCGCAGAGGACGAUACUAAAAUACGAAGGUGUAAUGGAUAACAAGCCGCACAAUGUAAUGAUAAAAAAAUGGUUACCUCAGCGAGAUAUACUUGGUAUGGCCUUAGAAUACUAUAUAACUAUUUGCAAUCUAGUGACGUAAUUGUAAUGAUGCAAUUACGAAUUGGUUUUCUUAAGAGGGGAAGAGGAAGGGGUUGGGUUGCAUUAGCAUGAUUUAGACGGCCAAUUUCACCUAAAAUCAUACCAAGCCCACUUAUAUUGUUAUAGAAUUUGUGUGCCGUCGAGGGGUGGAAAUUAACUAAUCUCCCUUGCAAAUACGCCUCUGAAUACACCAAUGUGUUCAAAAGAUGUGGUUAUAAGAAGUAGUAAUAAUAGUUCCACCGUUCUUGGAGAAUCCAGAAUAUAAAUUAUUAUAACUCUACACGAAUUCUAUCAUUUACGGUUAACGAUAAGAUUUAAUUUGACUUAUACAUAUGUAAACUCCUAUAUUUUAUAAUAUAAACACCAAUAGUUGACAAUAGUUAUUUUAUUCGGAUUUUAAGUGCAUCCAAAAGUCAAGCUUUUUGUCAGUCACGGGGGAAUUGCCGGAAUGUACGAAGCAGUGGACGCUGGCGUUCCAGUGCUUGGAUUUCCAGUGUUUACCGAUCAAUUCAGGAACAUAGACAACUUGGUCGAAGCAGGCAUGGCAAUUUCUAUGGAAAUAUUGUCCGUUUCCGGAGACUCGUUUUACGAAAAUAUUGUAGAGCUCGUCGACAACGAAAAGUAAACGAACGUACAUGUUUAUUGAUUUUAAUAAUAUCUCAAUAAUAUUAUAUUAUAGCAUUUUGUUUUAGGUACGCGAAAAAUGCAAAAAUCGCCUCGGAAUUGUUCAACGACCGUCCGAUGUCGCCGCAACAGUCUGUCGUUUACUGGACGGAAUACGUGAUUCGCCAUAAAGGAGCGCCACAUUUAAAAUCACAGGCGCUCAAUUUGACGUGGUAUCAAUACUUGUUGUUGGACGUGAUUGCCGUCCUAUUCGUUUUGAUUUUGAUUGUUUCUUUUGUACUUUAUAGAAUAUCUAAAAAAAUUUUUUACCUCCUCGUAAUUAAGCAUUCGCGCGUCAUUAAAACCAAACACGAAUAAAG